AUGUUAUGGGCCAAGGCAAGAGCUAGUCCACAGAGGGCUGUCUGUCACCCUCAAGAAGUUUUGAGAAGCACUGAGCGGCCUAAACUGCUUGCGCUGGAGGAGGAUGGAAAUGGUAAGGGACCGGUGAAAUCAUACAAAUAACAGAUAGAAUAUUCUUCUGGUAUUGUAAGGUUGUUCAAGAUUCGACCGUCGCUGAGGGCAUGCAAAUGCCCAGUGUAGACCUUAUGCACCAUAGAGGGGCUUGGGCGCUCUCUCACUGUCGGGCAAUCGUCUGCUGUAGCCUGUGUUGCAAAUCAGUUCACUGAGACUCACGGGGGGGAGACAGUAUUGUGCACUCAAGACCGGUGAGAUAGGAGCAGUUGACGGGGAGUUUCCGAAUCGAUACGCCUGGUCGAGCUAGGCACGGUCAGUUUAUAGAUUGUCCUAGAGAAAGAACAAAUUCUGGUGACUUGAAAGCCAGCAAUCAAGUCGGGUAAGAUGUGGUUAUAUAGGCCCACCUGAUGGACACAAUACAGUUAGGGUUGGGGUUACGGGUUUGGCUAGGGGUUAGGGUUAGGAGUUAGGACAACUAUUUUUCAACCACUCACUGUACAACUGCUCAUUCCUAAUAGCUUUUCUUUUGCAUACAACCAUCUGACCUCGUCGCCUGUGAGUUCCCCGGCCCCACCUGUACAAACCCCUAUUACCACCGACUCCGUAUUACAGGUGGCUGGGAUCUGUUUGCCCCAGGUGGGGUUACAUAACCACAUCUCACCAUCAGUCUGUGAGAAUGAAGUCUGUAGGAAAUUUGACACCUUAGAGUGGUAUAUGAGACAUCAGUGGGAUCAAAGAUCUUAAACAAAGGCGCAAGACAUUUGUGUCGGGUGGAGAAGGGACAGGACCGAAAGGUGACGAUGCGGCUAUAAUUGGCAACCGAAAUACACAGGUCAGGGCUGAAAGGGCAUUUGACUGCCGUUAGUCACUGCUAUUGGUUCAGAAGAAGAAGAAGAAGAAGAAGAAGAAGAAGAAGAAAAAGAAGAAGAAGAAGAUAAUGAUGAUGAUGAUGAUGAUGAUGAUGAUGAUGAUGAUGAGGCCCGUAGUGGAGCUGCUGGGCCAACUGCCUGCACUGAUCUCCUGGUCGACCCAUUUGGCUACUUGACAGCAAAUGUUGUGCGAUGCUAG